AUGUCCGUUGAUGAAGGACUGCUACUUGACGGUAGACUUGUCAGAAGAUCUGAUGAUGUACCGCUCGAAGUGGAUGUGAAGGCCGUUGUCGAGCCAGAAGAUGUCAAAGUGACAAUCGUGCUUGUACUAGAUACUAGUAGCGAACCAGGUAUGGAGCUGUUGCUUAAUGUUGCGAUUAUUGCAGAUGGGAGAGAGGUGGUUGGUAGGAGAGGAGUCUCUGAAAGAGAACUGGUGGUCAAGGAUAAGGAUAAAGUCAUUAACGUUGUUGCUGUCGAAUUCGAGCUCGUAGGAUACGUCGAAGAGCUUGAAAGGCUCGUUGACAGAGCUGUUGUGGAAAUCGAACUACUUGACGGCAGUGUUGCUGAAGAAGUGAAAGUUGUUGAGCUUGAGCUUGAAGAAGAAGUUGAAGACGACAGCGAGUUUGUUGAGACGAUUAACGUGGAAAUGGUGUUCGAGGUAGUGGUUCCCGUCGCAGACGUAGACGAUGUGAGUGAGAGUGAAGAGGUUAAGGAGCUAGUCGUAUUUGCGAAUGGCCCACCGGUUGAUAUUGAAGAGGGUUGUGUGCUGCUGCUCACUCCGAGGUUCGUUAUUGUUGACGAAGAGGAUGCCGUAGAUUCGGAAGAAGUAGAAGAAGACGUCGAAAUCGAGGUAGAUGAUGAGAUCGCUAAGGAAGUUGACGAGCCUGAAUCAGAGGCUGAAGAGGAAAUUAAAGUUAUUGAGGAACUUGACAAGAAUGAUGACGAGGAGGAGGUUGACGGUGAAGUUGACAACGAGGUCGAAGAAAUCGAAGAAGAGGUCAAGACCAAUGUUGAAGAUGUGUCUGCGGUGGACUCUAGAGUUGAAGAAGAAGUCGAAGAGGAGGUUGAAGAAGAGGUUGAAUCAGAGACUGAGGAGGAUGUUGUUAGAGAAGUUGAAGAGGAACCCGAGGAGGAAGUAGAGGUUGUGUCUGUGGUGGAAUCUGAAAUUGAUGAAGACGUCGAAGAAGAACUCAAACCGGUCGAAGAUGAGUUCGACAAGAAAGUGAAGGACGAAGUUUCAGUGUUGGACUGUGAACUCGACGUUGUGGGCGACGUGCUUGAUUCAGACGAUUCUGUAGUAGUCGGAGCAGGUGGAACCUCCCGAAAGCCGUAA